AUGUUCAAGGGCCUGGCCCUCCUCUUCGCCCUCAUAGGCACUUCCUGCGCUCAAGAUAAUCUUGGUCUGGCGAACGGAUACCUCAACUUCACUACCUCCAACUUCGAGUUUAGCCUCGUCAAAGAUGCCCAGAUCCUCGCGUCCCUAAGGCCUGCAGGCGACUCCUUUGACUUUCUGCCCUCUGACUUGCUCAAGGUUCGAGCACGCAAUGCUCAGUAUCACUGGGGAGAUGUUACCUUCAGAUACCGCCAGGAGGGCAGCAGUGCCUGGACCAGUGCCGACUCUUCCACUUCCCGCAAGGUGGUGACGGCCAACGGCGCGACCGGAGAUGUCCUGGCAUCCUCCAGCCUGACCAAUACGCUUCCUACAGGUCCUCUUGAAAUCACUCGAGAGUGGCUCAAGGUAUCUGAGGAUCUCGCCCUGCAAUUCACCGUCAAGAAUGCGGGGAAUAAGACCGUCGAGAUCGGUAGUCUCGGAUUCCCCGCCGAGUUUAACAGCAUCUUCACCAACCGACUCGCAACCGAUAUGCAGAAACUGUGCUCGCUGUCUGACCCGUACGUCGGUCUGGACGCGGGAUACAUCAGAGUCAACCCUCUCCGGGGGACGGGCAAGUCGCUCGUCGUCACCCCUCUGAGCGGCUCGCCCUUGGAGGGGUACCGAAACCUGGCCGAGACAUCCUACUCGGAAACCUACUACGGCAGCCAGACGUUUGAAGGGUUCUACGAGUGGCAGGUCUUGACCAAGGCGUAUGCGGACAAUGAGUGGAAGGGCCUGGAGCCCUGGAACCCGCCCACCUCGAAGACGCUCAAGGCUGGCGAGGAGGCCAAGUUUGGCGUGCGCUUCUCCAUCGCGGAGGAGGUCCGCGACAUUGACAAUGCAGUGGCCAAGACCGGGACGCCUGUCGCGGUUGGCGUGCCUGGAUUCAUCAUCCCACGCGACCUGCCUGCUCAGCUCCUGCUUAAGAGCGAGUCGGCAGUGUCGUCCAUCACCACCUCUCCAGACGGCGCCUUUGAAGUCGCCUCGGCUGGCGACAAGCAGUAUACUCUGACCGCAUCCCCCUCAGCCUGGGGCCGUGUCCGCGUCACCAUCAAGUACGAGGACGGCAAGACCCAGACCGUCCACUACUUCAUCACCAAGCCUACCACGGACGUCCUCGCAGACCUCGGCAGCUUCCUGACCACGGAGGCCUACUUCAACGACACGUCGGACCCCUUCAAGCGCGCGCCCUCCGUCAUGACCUACGACUACGAGAAGCACGCGAUAGUCGAGCAGGACAUGCGAGCCUGGGUCGCGGGUCUCAGCGACGAGGGCGGCACGGGGGCCUACGUCGCCGCGCUCGUGAAGCAGGCCCUCCAGCCCGACGCCGAGGAGGUCUCCAAGCUAGAAGAUUUCGUCGGCUCCGUCAUCUGGGGCGGCGUCCAGUCGAGCGACUACGCGGUCAAGAAGGCCAUCUUCUACUACGACAGGGCGGCCAUGCCAAACUACCCGUACGACCCGAGCAUCAACUGGGGCACCUGGAUGUCCUGGAGCAAGGAGUCGGCGGGCUACAUCGACCGCGCGUACAACUACGUGCACGUCGCCGCAGCGUACUGGUCUCUUUAUCGCGUUGCGCGUGCGUAUCCCAGCAUCGUGACCAAGGACUGGGAGUGGUAUCUCGAGCAUGCGCAGGGGACGAUUAUCCGCAUGACGAAGAGCGAUAUCUGGUAUAAUGAUGUCGGGUUGAUGGGCGAGACUGUCUUUGCGGAGAUUCUGGCCGAUCUGAAGCGUGAGGGACUGACGUCUGAGGCGAAUGCCGUUGAGGCGGCGAUGAAGGUGCGCGCGGAGCUUUGGCACUCGCAGGAGAUUCCGUACGGCAGCGAGAUGGCCUGGGACUCGACUGGCCAGGAGGGUGUUUACUAUUGGACCAAAUAUUUCGGGUUUACCGAUUCCGUCACCAAGACCAUCAACAGUGUCCUUGGCUUCAUGCCCGCCAUCGCUCACUGGGGAUGGAACGGCAACGCCCGGCGAUACUGGGACUUUGUCUACGCCGCAAAGCUUGGGAGGAUCGAGCGCCAGAUUCACCACUACGGCUCGGGCCUCAACUCACAGGUCCUCCUCGCGGCGUUCCGCGACGACCCGUCCGACAGCUACCUCCUACGUGUAGGUUACGGCGGGUCGACCGGUCCGCUGUCGAACAUCAACCAGGACGGAUUCCCCAGCGCCGCGUUCCACUCGUGGCCAAACACCCUGAAGUGGGAUGGGAUCACGGGCGACUACGGUCCGGGGUUUCUUGGCAUGGCUCUCGGCUCGGGAACCUACGUCGCUGACGAUGAGAACUUUGGGCUCGUAGCUUAUGGGGGUAUUCUCAGCAAGGGAGACGACGGCUCGGUGGUGGUUGAGCCGCGCGAUGCCGUGAGGAAGAGGGUCUUCGUCGGACCGUUGAAGCUGCUUGUGAAUAUUGACGCGGGAACAAUCGAGAAGUUUAGCUAUACCGAAGGAGGGGCUGUCUCGUUCACGGUUGGACAGCAGGAGGGCGCGCCUCGCACGGACAAUGUGGUGGUCUGGGUCGAGUCGACGGGAGCGCAGAGUUGGGCUGCGACGGGACUUACGGAGAGCCGUGGGGGGUGGCAAGUCCCUCUCUCUGGUCAAUCUGCCUCCUUUACUCUACAGGUUUCAUAG